GUGCUCCGCCCGCUCGUGCUCGUGGCCGUGCCGCGAGCCCCGCCCCCGCUCGUCGGUGAUCCCGCCGGCGGGCUUCCCGGGCGGAGGAAAAAAAACCAUAUAAAGUACACGCCCCCGCUUUAACGACCCCCCACGUCCUUCUCCCCUUCCCUCUCCUCGCGUCCCGCUCGCCCGUCUCCUCCCCAGAAAAACCAAAAUCAAAAGCUGCCCGAGCCGCUGCGACGCACGGCGCUAGAGGCAGACGCACUCGCUGCUGCCGAGUGCCGACUGCCCAGUCCUGCUGCUUUCCCAUCCGGGUCAAACCUUUCGCCCCGCGCGCGCGCUCGCACGGGAAUCCGGCGGCAUGAGGGAGCAGCAGGGGUCCGGCGAGGCGCCGGGGCGCCGGGGCGGGGCCGUCAGGUCGCUGCUGGGUGUCGAGCGUCGGCUCGUGGAGGGCGGCGCCGAGGGGAAGCAGGCGGCGGGCGCGGCCGCCGGCGGUGGCGAGAAGGAGGAGAGGAAGGCCGUGGUGAGGGUGGUGGCCGCCGACAUGCCGCCCGCGCUGCAGCGGCGCGCGUUCCGCUGCGCCCGCGACGAGCUCGCCGCGAUGCCGCACUACCCGCGGCGGCUCGAGCCCAAGCGCCUCGCCCUCGCGCUCAAGAAGGAGUUUGAUACUGCAUACGGGCCAGCUUGGCACUGCAUCGUGGGGACGAGUUUCGGUUCAUAUGUCACGCACGCCCGGGGUGGAUUCUUGUACUUUUCCGUCGAUAAGGUCUACAUCCUGCUCUUCAGGACGGCUGUGGAGCCCUCACCUCAUUGACGGUCACCACCGCUAGACAAAUGGUUCAUGAAUGCACAGCUCUUGGGGCAGCCCACACCAAAUUCAGCUGUUCAGUCAGCUAGACCGAAGCCUUGUAAAUUGCAUUGUUUCGUCGAAGGCAAAUGGAAACUCGUUAUGGUUCUGAUAAAAUUUCGAUUUGUUGAUGUCAUCUGUUUCAGCUGA